UUCCGCUCACUUUCAGCCUUACUUUCAAUCCUUUCGAUCUUUCCCAAAACCUCCUUCUUUCAUCUGCCAAAGACGACCUCUCCACCACGAUGCGACAACCACAACACCACCCAUAGCAACCCUUUCGUUGUACCCCCAUACAUCCUGCACUGUACCCCGCACUCCCCUCCUCAUUUUCUUUGUACCCUGGACUCAUAUUUGACGGGGACGGGCAGAAAACGAAACGACGCAAACAAACCCGACAAACAGAGCCGACGUCUCAUCUUCAGUGUCAGAACUCAGCCCCGAACCUUGCCACCGGAGUCCUGCAUUGGUCCGCUCAGGAUCGGUACAAGAGACGUCGCCACGCUCUCAAUGUUCUGACUCUGUUCUGAGCAAGGGAAAUUGAUACAUCUGUGACUUGUCACUCGCCACCGGCUCACACAAUGGCUAAGCUGAAGGAUAUCGGCAUGGGGAAGGGAAGAGGAUCAGAGAUCACACAGGAGCAGGAGCAGGCUAAGGUUUUUGAAAUGCUGUCGCACGACGAGGGGUGGUGGCAUGCCGUGAAGACGAACCCGAAGGCUCUGCUAUGGUGCUCUUACUCGUUAUUUAGCUGUAUCAUGUGGGGUUAUGAUGGCCUUGCAAGCUCUAUCGUCCUCGCUGUCUUGAAGUUCCGGGAGGACUAUGGGGUGUAUGCAUAUGUCAAGGACAAGAAAGUGUAUGACUGGGUCAUUCCUGCUAUCUGGCAACUCGCACUUGGGGCCGGCAGUCUCAUCGGCUUGCUUCUUGGUGGAAUAGGAGCUGGUUUCAUUGCUAAGAAGUAUGGUCGACAGCUUUGCAUGGCUCUCUCGUACGUGUUCACCAUCAUCGGUGUUUUCCUCCAAUGGUUCUCUGCCGCGUCAACAGGCCACCCUGGAGAUCUCCCCAUGCUCUUUGGCGGCAAGGUUCUCACAGGCAUCCCUCUCGGCGUAUUCAUCACCAUUGCACCUACCUACUGCUCUGAGAUUGCACCCUUGCCCCUCCGUGGAGCCACCACCGCUGCAGUUAACUGGAGCAUCGUUCUCGGUCAGUGCCUCGCUUACGUCGUCAUCCGUCAAACUCAGGGCCUCGAGAACGCCAACGCCUACCGGAUCUUGUUCGCCGUGCAAUGGAUCUUUGCUGCCAUUGGCCUUGGAGUCCUCUUCUUCUUCCCAGAAUCUCCGUAUUUCCUCGUUGCGCAAGGUAGGAUUGAGAAGGCGAAGAAUAAUGCACGGAGACUUUACAACAAGAAUUUCGAUGUCGAUGGACUGAUUUCGAGCAUUGAGCUACUGCUGAAGCACGAGGCGGAGGAUCAGAAGAGCGCUUCGUAUAGAGAGUGCUUUCGAGGUACCAACACAUUGCGCACUCUCAUUGCCAUGAGUACGUUCUUCAUCCAGUCGAUUUGUGGUAUCGGAUGGAUCAUUGGGUACAUGGCCUACUUCCUGCAGCUCGGAGGUCUCGGGGUUGGUGCUGCCUUCACAGUAACUAUGAUCCUCUCGUUCAUCAUGCUGAUCGGCAACAUGGUUGGCUGGGUCUUCGUGGAGCGGUUUGGACGACGCGGCACUGCGUUGUACGGCUCAGUCACCCUCUCAGUCAGUCUCCUCGCCAUUGGCAUCACUGGUUGCUUUAAAUCCUCCAACGCAAUCUGGGUCCAAGUCGUCUUUAUGGCUAUCUGGUCAUUCACGUAUCAAUCUACCAUCGGCUCCGUUGCUUGGCCUAUCGUCACUGAAGUCUCAAAAUCCACACUCCGUGGGCAUACGCAAUCAUUGGCAACCAUUACAACCGGCAUCGUGGGCGCUGUCUCCGGAGUUUGCUUGCCGUUCCUUGUUAAUCCUGAUCAGGGGAAUAUGGGAGGGAAAGUGGGUUUCAUCUACGGCACGUUGCUUGGUCUGAGUUGCAUUGGGGUCUGGUGGUACUACCCUGAGACGAAAGGCAGGACGUUCGCGGAGAUCGAUCGCUUGUUUGAGAUGGGUAUUCGGCCGAGAGAUUUCGAGAAGACGAGACUGGACGGUUGAUUAAAGGUGCAUAUACAGGAGUCUGGCGUUUUCAUCUGAAGGAACACACAUGAGAUGGCUGUAUUAGGGAAGUUUAUUUUUCCAGAUGAGUCAGUAAAAAUCGAGGUCUAAAUACAUGAUACGGAACAUUCAAG